UGAAGUUCAAGUGGCAUCCCAGCCUGCAAAAAUUCUUUGUCCAGGAAAAAGUAAUGUUGUUCGUAGUUUAAGAUAAUGCCUAUAAUGCUGAAUGCCAACCUACCAGCGGGCACAUGCUCUCCAAACGAGUCCGUCAAUCAUGAAUCUACACCAUUAUAUUGCAGAACAGCUGCUGCCUUCUCCAAUGCCAUUUGCAUUUCUUGGGUGCAUUCUGGUAGCUAUCCAAUCUGCUCAUCCAGUUUCUGGCACAUUCCCCUCGCUUUUGUCUGUUUAGCUGCGAAUGCUGUUUGUUUUUGGUGCCACAGAAAUUACUCCAUCCCCCACCCCCUGCAUGCAGAUCUUUUGAAAUCUUGCUGGAAACUUACAUCAAACAUUGUUCUUGUGACUGCAGAUUAGGCCUUCAGUUAUACCACAAUACAAUAGAGAGUUUCUGGAGGUAUAUUACCUCUAAAAGUAUCGAAGAUACCAGAAACAGCUACGCACACAAGUAUCCAUCACCAUGGGUUCCUGUACUUCCAAGCCUGCCCUUGAGCAGAGGAGGCCAGCGAGGUAUUACACCAGAGGACGAAAAGGCCGCAGCCGUUCCCGAUCCAUCAUGCCAGAGGCACCCAAGUCACAGUUAAGUGAUUCCAGAGGACGCAUGACUGGCUUCUCAAUGAGCGAGAUUGUCCAUGUCGAGACGGCAAACUGUGGAAAGUCGGCGCGUUCCAAGACAUUACAUCUUACGCAGAUGCAGUGGCACCAUAGCCAGAGGGACUGUGAAGGUUGCAGCAACGAAGAUGCCUGGUUUGACUCUGUCAGUAUUCUUGAAGAUGAUUCUGAUGAUGAAUUCAAGAGUGUCAAUGGAGAUAGUUCGCCAUCCAUGGACGAAAAUGAGAACCAAAAGAAGCAAUAUGAGAGCGCUUCCCGUUUUGCCGACGCACUCUCUCGCAUUGGAGAUAUAUGCCGUGGUGUGCCCAUGACAUUAUCUGUUGAACAGUACCUGAAAAGAGAUAAUGGUGACGAUCCUGGACGUAAGAGCCAAAGCAUGUCAGUGUGUGCCAGCAAGUGCCUACCAACCUCCUUUAGCUUCAAGGGCUUGAAGGAUAAAAAUGAUAUAGAUGAUAUGAACAAGGAGAGCCCCACUCCAUCCCGCUUACGCAAGCUGCUGCACUCUAUCAGCUUCAAUGACAGGAUGCAGCAGUUGACGGGUGGGAGCCCAGCAAAAAAGAAAUCAACAGUCAUCCGGCUCUCAUACAAGAGAACAUCAUGCGAUGGCUAUGAAGAUAGCAGUGAAUUCAAUAAAUCUAAGAAAUAUGUUGUUCGUCCAAAGGGUGGGCUAACAAUCCCUUGUGGAGGAGAGAAUCCUACAACAGGAUGUUGGUCACGGAUUGAUCCAUCCCUCUUCAAGUUGAGGAGUGAAACCUUCCUCAAAGACAAGAAGAAAUGUGCAGCUCCAAAUUAUGCUGCUUAUUAUCCGAUAGGCGUGGACUUGUUUGCCUGCCCCAAGAAGGUUCAUCACAUUGCUCAGCACAUUGAUCUUCCACAAGUAAAAACACACCACAAGCUCCCAUCACUUUUGAUUGUUAACAUCCAGAUGCCUACCUAUCCUGCUGCUAUGUUUCUCGGCGACAGCGACGGAGAAGGCUUGAGCCUCGUCUUGCACUUCAGGAUAUCUGAGUACUUUGACAAGGAGGUUUCAGAAUGUUUCAAGGAAUCUAUCAUGAAAUUUAUUGAGAAUGAAUCUGAGAACGUAAAAGGGUUUGCAUCAGAAUCUACCAUCGCUUACCGAGAUCGAUUGAAAAUCAUGGCUGGAUUGGUCAACCCAGAUGACCUCCAAUUGAGUUCCACAGAGCGGAAGCUUGUCCAGGCAUACAAUGAGAAGCCAGUCCUCUCACGACCCCAACAUAAUUUCUAUGAGGGAGAGAACUACUUUGAGAUAGACCUUGAUAUACACCGGUUCAGCUACAUUGCUAGGAAGGGACUGGAAUCAUUCAGGGAACGCCUAAAGAACGGCAUCCUCAAUUUGGGUUUGACAAUUCAGGCACAGAAGCAAGAGGAACUCCCUGAGCAGGUCCUCUGCUGUGUUAGGCUGAACAAGAUUGAUUUCAUUAACCAAGAGCAAGUUCCAACAAUAGUCACAGUUGACGACAAGUGAUGCCUUUGAGCACAGCGACUGCAUGUGCAAGCUGUUGGAAUUCUAUAUCCAUUCAAUUCAUGAGAAAGGAAGCCAAAAAAAUUAUAAUAAUAUAAGCUGAAACGACCCCUCGGGUGUUGGUCAUGAGUCCAACCUUUUCCACCCCGUUUUCCGGUUGCAAUAUGUCACUUUCAGAUGCAGACAAACAUUAAACUUAACAAGAUUAAAUGGCCAUCAGACCAACAUGAAAAUACUGUAAUAGAUGCUGACAGAAAUUAGGAAUAGCCAAACCCUGUUUAAUGUUUUCUCAGGCGCCUGCCUGCUUGCACUCCGAGACAGAUUGUAUGCAGUGAAACCGUGGAAGUGACCUCAUGUUAACCUGGCCCAGCUUUAACCUCCACAAAAUUGGCUGCCGGAUUCAUCGUCAGCUGCAUGUAUGUGUGUAUGUUGGCCAGAAAUGCAAUCUACAAUCACAUGACCGUCUAUUGCAGCAUGCCAUCAUACCGUGCUUGACUACAGAUCCAGGUGAAACUGUGCAGAACAUUGAGCAACUGUGAGAGUACAGAGUCAGAAUGGCCAAAGUGAAGGGGCAUGCCUCGUCGUAUUCACGCGCCAGCAGCCUCCGCGAGCCACCAGAGCUGACUAGCUAGUGCCCCGCGCAAGCCAUCAACCAAGAACACUCACCUGUUGCCCGCAAAGCAGUCGUGCACGGCGCUCUCGCUGCUCUUGACAGGCGCUCGAAAGAGAGUGAAAUGCACAGGCGGAUCGACG